GUAACACAGAGAUUAUGCAUUACAAUAAAUCAUCACUGUCCUGUAACACAGAGAUUAUGCAUUACAAUAAAUCAUCACUGUCCUGUAACACAGAGAUUAUGCAUUACAAUAAAUCAUCACUGUCCUGCAACACAGAGAUUAUGCAUUACAAUAAAUCAUCACUGUCCUGUAACACAGAGAUUAUGCAUUACAAUAAAUCAUCACUGUCCUGCAACACAGAGAUUAUGCAUUACAAUAAAUCAUCACUGUCCUGCAACACAGAGAUUAUGCAUUACAAUAAAUCAUCACUGUCCAGUAACACAGAGAUUAUGCAUUACAUUAAAUCAUCACUGUCCUGUAACACAGAGAUUAUGCAUUACAGUAAAUCAUCACUGUCCUGUGACACAGAGAUUAUGCAUUACAAUAAAUCAUCACUGUCCUGCAACACAGAGAUUAUGCAUUACAAUAAAUCAUCACUGUCCUGUAACACAGAGAUUAUGCAUUACAAUAAAUCAUCACUGUCCUGCAACACAGAGAUUAUGCAUUACAAUAAAUCAUCACUGUCCUGCAACACAGAGAUUAUGCAUUACAAUAAAUCAUCACUGUCCUGCAACAUAGAGAUUAUGCAUUACAUACACAUCAAAACUAAAUAAAACAAAUAAGAAACAACAAAAUAGAUGAAAUUCUCAAAGCUGUAGUUGAAAAACAAUAUGUCUGUAGAAGGAAUACUGUCAAUUUCAUUUUAUAUUGUUUAGGUUCUAAUGUUUUUAAAAAUAAAGUUAUUUCAAUAUUUUCAUAUUGGCACUAAUGUUAACUAAAAGCUGUAUAGUCCCAAUUCACGAAGCCAUGCAGAGAAAUCAGCAACUAAAUUCUGACAAUGUUGCACCAUCUACAUGCACUAAAGUAAGUUUUAAAUGCAACUUUAUGCAACAAAUUUAA